AUGUAUAGGAAUAAGCGCUUCAUACUGACAGUUAUUUUCCCACCUCAGGCGACCGUCAGAUUACGUGUUGCAUAUCUAUCUAUCUAUCUAUCUAUCUAUCUAUCUAUCUAUCUAUCUAUCUAUCUUUCUCAUUCUGUUCAUAACUAUAUCAUUCUGUUCAUAACUAUCUCAUUCUGUUUAUAUCUAUCUAUCUAUCUAUCUAUCUAUCUAUCUAUCUAUCUAUCUAUCUAUCUAUCUAUCUGCUUCAUUUCUUCUUCUUCUUCUUCUUCUUCUUCUUCUUCUUCUUCUUCUUCUCUUUUCCUCCUCUUUCUCCUCCUCCAUCUUCUUCUCUUCCUCCACCCCAUAUAUCUGCCUUUCUCCUUCAUUUUUUCCUCCUCCUACCCUUCUUCUUCUUCUUCUUCUUCUUCUUCUUCUUCUCAUACUUCUACUUCUUUUCCUCCUCUUUCUCCUCUUUCAUUAUCAUCUUUUUCUUCUUCCUCUUUUCAUACUCUUUUCCUCCUCCUCCUCCUUCUUCUGCUCCUCCUCCUCAUACUUCUGCCUUUCUCCUUCACUUUCUUCUCCUCUCCUCCGCCCUUCUUCUUCACAUAUUUCUGCCUCUUUUCCUCCUCUUUCUCCUCCUCCACCCGCUUUUUCUUCUCUUCCUCAUACUUCUGCCUCUUUUCCUCCUCUUUCUUCUACUCCGUCUUCUUCUUCCUCCUCUAG